UUAUCCGUGUGCAGUCGCCGGAGGGAGUGAAGAGAAUCACGGCCACCAAGAGAGAAACAGUGGGGACGUUCCUCAAAAAGGUGGCCAAGGAGUUUGGCUUCAGGAAUAAUGGAUUUUCUGUGUACACCAACCGCAACCGCACCGGCGAGAUCACGGCAGCGCAGAACAAAUCCCUCAAUCUGCUCAAGAUCAAGCACGGGGAUAUGCUGUUCCUGUAUCCCUCCAGCCCAGCUGGCUCCUCCUCAGAGACCAUGGACACCUCUGUCUCCCAAAAUUCCCGGCCUGGGGGGGCCCCCCAGGUGGUGGAAGAUGAGAUUGACCAGUACCUGAUCAAGCAGGAUGGGAAGAUUUACCGGAACCGAGACCAGCAGCUGUGUCGCCACGGCCCCCUGGGCAAAUGUGUGCACUGUGUCCCACUGGAGCCCUUCGAUGAGGAUUAUUUGAACCAUCUGGAGCCUCCUGUGAAGCACAUGUCAUUCCAUGCCUACAUCAGGAAGCUGACCGGAGGGGCAGACAAAGGGAAGUUUGUAGCCCUGGAGAACAUCAGCUGUAAGAUCAAGUCGGGGUGUGAGGGACACCCUCCCUGGCCCGAGGGGAUCUGCACCAAGUGCCAGCCCAGUGCCAUCACCCUCAACAGACAGAAAUACAGGCAUGUUGACAACAUCAUGUUUGAGAACCACACAAUUGCAGAUCGCUUCCUAGACUUCUGGAGGAAGACAGGGAACCAACAUCUGGGCUAUCUGUACGGCCGGUACACGGAGCACAAAGACAUCCCGCUGGGCAUCCGGGCGGAGGUGGCAGCCAUCUAUGAACCCCCCCAGAUUGGCACCCAGAACAGCCUGGAGAUCCUGGAGGAUCCCAAAGCCGAGGUUGUGGAUGAGAUCGCAGCAAAGCUCGGCCUCAGAAAGGUUGGCUGGAUAUUUACUGACCUGGUCUCGGAAGACACACGGAAAGGCACCGUUCGAUACAGCAGGAACAAGGACACGUAUUUCCUGAGUGCAGAGGAGUGCAUCACAGCUGGCAACUUCCAGAACCAGCAGCCCAACAUCUGUCGCCUCUCUCCCGAUGGGCACUUUGGAUCCAAGUUUGUCACAGUUGUGGCUACAGGUGGUCCUGACAACCAGGUGCACUUUGAGGGGUACCAGGUGUCCAACCAGUGCAUGGCCCUGGUGCGGGACGAGUGCCUGCUGCCGUGCCGGGACGCGCCCGAGCUGGGCUACGCCAAGGAGUCCAGCAGCGAGCAGUACGUGCCUGAUGUCUUCUACAAGGACAUAGACAAGUUUGGGAACGAGAUCACCCAGCUGGCUCGCCCGCUCCCGGUCGAGUACCUCAUCAUAGACAUUACUACAACUUUCCCCAAGGAUCCAGUCUACACUUUUUCUAUUUCUCAAAACCCAUUCCCCAUCGAGAACCGCGAUGUGCUGGGAGAAACUCAGGACUUCCACAGUUUGGCCACAUACCUGUCCCAAAAUACUUCCUCCAUUUUCCUAGACAUCAUUUCUGAUUUCCAUCUGCUCCUCUUCCUGGUCACAAACGAGGUCAUGCCUCUGCGGGACAGCAUCAGCUUGUUGCUGGAAGCCGUGAGGACCAAAAAUGAGGAGCUUGCACAGACCUGGAAAAAAUCAGAGCAGUGGGCGACCAUCGAGCAGCUCUGCA